AUGAUCCUGGUGCGAGACGGCGAAAACCCAAGGCCGUACGCCGGACCUGGGCUUGGAGAGCACAGGGAUCGCCUACGCUCAAACAUCACUGGGAGUGUGUGCGAAAUGAUUAUUGAAAACCCCGACGCUUUCAAAUCAUGGUUGACGUCCAUAUUGGAACCCUUAUGCGAUGCAGACCCGGCUGCACUAGCUAAGUAUGUGUAUGCUCUAGUAAAGAAAGACAAGCCCCUUGAAGAGCUGCGAGAAGGCAUGCUUGAUCAAUUGGAUGUCUUUCUUCAGCAUGAGACGAAGCCUUUUGUGGACAUGCUCUUCAAGUCGCUGGAAAGCCAGGAGUACUUGAAGGCCAGUGUCGACCAGGAGGCCGGUCAGCCAUCACAGCCGGCAGAGAACGAGAAACAACAACAACAACUGGAUGGAGAGGAGCAACCGGCCGCGGCUACUGCUGCCUCGGCGCCGGGGGCGAAGUCCCCGUCGGGGGCGAGCGCUCCGGUGACGGCGCCUCCCGCCGUGGCAGCCGAGGCGCCGCGCCACCGCCUCGUGCUGCCCAGGGGCCGACCGCCCCACUACGAGCACACCCUGGUUAAGGUUUUGCCACUGACUGAGUUACUCGAAGAAACUGCGGAUCAAAUACCGCGAAGAAGAGAUCGCAGAAGCGACUCUCUGCGCGAUAAAGAGGAGCGUCGUCGUCGCCGCUCUCGCUCGUGGGAGAGGCGCGGCCGGGUGCGGAGGCACGCGCGCGACAAUGACCACGCCCCCCACGCCCCUCACGCCCCCCACGCGAAUGACGCCCGGAGGCGCCCUCUGUCUCGAUCACCAUCGCCGCGCGGCCGUUACAGGAACAGGAGUCCACCGCCAGCAGUGCUGGAGAGGCAAUCUAGCAGGUCUAGGUCAAGAUCACCGAUACCAGUGCGCGAAAGAGAUCACGAUCGCGAGAGGGAAAGACUCCGCAUUCCUCGCGAAAUAGAGAGAGACAGAAUGUCCAGGGACAGGGAACACAGAGACAGAUUAUCCCGUUCAAGGGAUAGGGAUCGGUCCCGUGACAGAUCGCGCGACCGUUCCCGGGGCUCAACGUCGCCACGGCUCGAAGUGCCCGACGCGUACAAACGGCGGUGUAGGGACUACGACGAGAAAGGCUACUGUAUGCGAGGGGACUUCUGCGAGUGGGAUCAUGGUACCGACCCACUGGUGUUAGAAGAUGCCACUUUAUCUCGAGUUCUACCAAUGCCUCCUCCUGUGCCUGAGUACAACCCCCUCACGCCGGACAUCUGGUGCGGCGCGUCCAGCUUCCCGCCGUUCGGCGCGCCGCACGCCGCGCACGCGCCGCACCACGCGCACGGGCCGCACGGGGCCCACGCGCCGCACGGGCCGCACGCCGCGCACGGCCCGCACGGGCCCCACCCCGCCAGGGAGCUCGUGCCCAUACCCAGAGUACGUCAUGAUGCUCGAACGGAGCCCCGCUCUGAAGUCAACCCCGCGCCGCGUCACGCCCCACCUAAGAAGAACCUGGACUACCACCGCUUAGGUGCUCGGCCACCUCUACCAGCGAAUGCUGCCAACUGCUCUUUGGAAGUGAAGAAGGUGCCACGUGGACUAAACGAUAUCACUCAUCUGAACAAUCAUUUUAGCAAAUUCGGCAAGAUUGUGAACAUACAAGUGAAUUUUGAGGGGGAUCCUGAAGCGGCAUUGAUCACUUUUUCUAAUCCGACGGAGGCAAAUGUUGCAUAUAAGAGUACAGAAGCUGUAUUGAAUAAUAGGUUUAUAAAGGUUUUCUGGCACAACCCAGAGAACAAACAAGAGAACAUGGCGCCUAGCGGCCAGCAAAUGAACAAACAAUCUGACAGACAAAACUCUCAGCAUCCCAUGUCACAUAAUAAAGUGCUAAUCAACAGAGACAACAUUAAAGCAACAGCUGACAACAAACAACAAGCUGAAGCAAAGGCAAAGGAAGUGAUAAACGGCCAGGAACCAAAGGAAAAGCCAUUGAAGCCCCUCGAGAAGAACAAGCAGAUUCUAGAUGUGCAGAAGAGGUGCCAAGCACUGCUCCAAACACAGUUGCAGCAGCAGCGGUUGCUUAUACAGCGACUUGAGUCUGGUAAUGUGACUGGCGCUCAGAAGACGGCCCUGCUAGAAGCGAUCAACUCUGCACAGGAAGCGAUUGAGAAGCUGCGAAAGGAGCUUAACUGCACAAUGAAACAGUUACAGGAAGAGAGCGUGGCGCGUUCGAUGUCGCGGCUUCAACUGGCGCAGGUCAAGAAACCGAAAACCCGAGAAGGUCGCAAGAGAGAUCCUGGAAAACUGGAUAUGUUCCCGCAGGGAUUGAGGCGUCAGAUAUUUGUCUCAAUAUUCGACUGGCACACGCCGAAAACCCGCGAGGAGGCGCAGAAGGAGAUCCUGGACGCGGAACUGGAUAUGUUCACCAAGCAACAGGCGUCUCAGGAUGGAGCUUAUGGCUUUCUG